AUGGCGCCCGUCGCUCCCAAAAAACGCAGUUCCAUCCGCGCAAAGGUCUCGCGAGCGGGAUCAGGCAUGAUGACCCGCCCCGCCAACUACCAACCCUCCUCCUCCUUCGGCGCCGGCGUCUCGGACGACUUCCUCAACACCAAGAAGGACAAGCGCACCAUCAAGCACUCAGCAUUCGUGAACCGCAUCGAGAAAGCCAACACCAAGACGCUGAAGCGCAGGCGGCCCAGCAAGAAGCUCGUCGCCACCCUUGAGAGUCUGGCGGAUGCGCUGCCCGAUUUCGACGAUGAUGGGAAUGGAGGGGAGAGGAUUGUGGGGGAUGCGAAAAUUAAGCAUAGGAGUUUGAAGAGUAGGCCGGGGGCGACGAAGAGGAGGGAGAAGUUGGAGAAGAUGGAGAGGGAGAGGUUUGGAAAGAAUAUGGCGCAGUUGAGUGCGACUACGGAGACGGCGCCGGUGAUGGAGGGACAGCCGCAUGCUGCGGCGGCGGCGGCGACGUCGAAUAAGUGGGCUGCGCUGAGGGGGUUUAUCAGCCAGACUUUGGAGCAGAAGCCGGAGUUUGUUAAGAGCUGA